AUUUCAGAAUAUUCUGCAAUACUGGAGUGUAACAGUUGGUGACUCUGCCAAAGCGCAUUAAAUACUUCAUCGCCUGCCAACAGUAGCUAAAAGGGCAAAGCUACAGUUAUAUAAGCAGUUGAAUAAACGACGCGUUGAGCAAAUACAUACAUAGAAAUACGAAUCAAGUAUAAAAUCAAUAACUGUCCACUAUGGAUGUUAGAAAAUAUUUGAGUUUACUGGCACUGAUGCUGCUAUCACUGUUGGCGUUUCAUAGUAGUCCAGUGGAGGCGUGCAGUUGCAUGCCCAGCCAUCCGCAGACACACUUUUGCAAUGCUGACUAUGUUGUCAUUAUACGUGUUAUGCGCAAAUCCCACCGUCUGGUUCAAAACAACAUUGCCUACAAAGUGGAAGUAAAGAAAUCAUAUAAGAUGAAUGAAUCCGGACAGAAGCUGCUAAAACACGGUCGCAUAGUGACACCAAAUUCUGAAGCUAUGUGUGGCGUUAACUUGGAUAUUGGCAAGCUAUACGUAAUUGCUGGUCGUGGUCCAUAUUUGAAUAGUUGCAGUUAUGUAAAGGAAUAUCUGAAGAUGUCGGUGGUAGAGAGGCGUGGCUUUGCUGGCGCCUAUCGCAAGGGUUGUAAAUGUGCGGUUGAACCCUGUUUUGGCAACUACUGCUUGGAAGAACGCCAAUCCGCCACCGCCUGCAAAUGGUCACCGUUUGCCAAAUGUGAAACAGAUUUUAGCGCUUGCAUCCCAUCACACUACCGCACACCUGAAGGCAUUAUCUCCAAGUGCCAUUGGCGAAGUACGCCGGCAUAUAAAAAAUGCAUGGCCGAUCCAUAAAGGACAACCAAA